AUGACUGAUGACACAAAUUAUAUUUUAUGGAAAAAUUUAACACCAUCUUCCACGCGUUACUGUAGACCCAUUAAAUUUUUAUAUAAAAAAGAAACAAAAUAUAAUACUUGCAAAGAAGUCGAGGCAAUUGAAAAUGAAAUAAAUGCCUUAGUCCCAAUUGAAAUUGUUAUAAAUAAUAUUUCUGUUCCUGUUCACUGUAAAUUAGUUAUGACAAUGGUAGAUGGAAAAGUAAUAAAUAAUUUAACUGAUACGUCAAGUCAAAGAUGUUUUAUUUGUAACUGUGGACCCAAAAAUAUGAACGAUUUAAAAAAUAUACAAGAAUUUAAAAUUAAUGAAGAUAAUUUGAAAUACGGGCUUUCUACAUUGCAUGCGUGGAUCAAUUUUUUGAAAUGCAUUUUAAAUAUUUCAUAUAAAUUAAAUAUCCACGAAUCAACUAGUCGCAUGUCUAAAGAAGAGAAGGGAAAAGUUUUACAACAAACAAAAAAUAUUCAACAAACAUUUUGGAAUGAUAUGGGGAUAAAAGUUGAUAAAAUAGUACAAGGUCAGGGUACAUCGAAUACUGGGAAUGUAGCAAGGAGAUUUUUUAAAAAUGCAGAAAUGUCGUCAAAAAUAACAGGUGUUGAUUUAAAUCUAAUUAAAAAAUUAGGUGAUAUAUUAAUUGCAAUAUCUAGUGGAUAUGAAAUUAAUUUUGAGUCAUUUGAUGAAUAUUGUAAAGAAACAGCCGAAUUAUACAUUGAGUUGUAUAAUUGGUAUCGCAUGCCUCCAAGUAUGCAUAAAAUUUUGUUACAUGGUUCUAUUGUAAUAAAACAUGCACUUGUACCAAUAGGAUUAUUAUCUGAAGAAGCCCAAGAAGCAUGUAAUAAAAAUUAUAAAAAUUUUAGGGAAAAUCAUACUCGCAAAACAUCAAGACUAAGUACCAAUACUGACUUAAUGCAUGCUCUAUUAAUUAGUUCAGACCCAGUGAUAUCUUCUAAGCGAAAAAUUUUGAAAACACCAUUUACAGAAUUACCAUCCUCGGUAAAACAAUUAAUAAUUACAGAAAACGAUGAAGAAACAGAAGAUUCAGACGUAUGUUCUGAUUCAGAAUAA